AUGAUUUGUUAUCUAACAUUUGUUGUUGUCUGCAACAUGAAGUUAAGUUUAUUAUUGGUAGUUUACACAUGCGUAAUUGCCUGUGCAAAUGCACGCGGUUUAAGGCAAGUUGAAAUAAUAAGCGCCACUGCUGAAUUGAGAUGUUCCGAUGGAUCAUUGGUUAACUGCUUAGUGGAUCCAUGUGAUGUGACGUCAUGCGAACUUCCGUAUGCUGGAUGUGAAGCUGAUUACUGCGGUGGUUGUAACGCCAUAUACUAUGAUGCUGACGGCAAUGUAUUGGAUUGUUCGGAUCACCUUGGCGAAUGUCCAAGAAUUGGUAAUGAUGACCAAAUAUGUGUCCCGUGCAUAAAAGACAGGAACUGCGGUACCUCUGAAAAAUGUUGUGAUGAUUGUUGCAAGGUUGCUGUAACAAAGCCGUAUGGGUGUCUUAUGAGUGAUGGUUCAUUCUGGCCAGAUGGUGCUUAUCGUAUAAUAGACUGUGUCCUAUGUCAGUGUCAAGGCACGGCGUUUAGGUGCAUUGUACAGAUAUGCGAUGUGCAUCCAUGUCCCGGUGGUGUUCAUUUGACCUCACAUGGUUAUACAGUGUUUUGUGGUACCACUCCUCAAACUGGAUCCAUUAUUAUAGAAGACUGUCCAUUCGGGUAUUCCUGUCUCGGAGAUACCAACUAUAAAUAUUCUCUGUGCUGUCCUGAUGAUACUACUUUGGGCUGCUAUGUGAAUAAUGCUUAUAUACCAAAUGGUGAUUACUAUAUUAACGACGAGUGUUAUGCAUGUCAAUGUGUAAACGGUAGGAUUACACGUGAGGACACACCGUUAUGUGAUAAAAUGUGUCCCAGUGGAGUACAACCUUAUAAAGACGACCAAAACAUGAAUGCAUUGUGCUCCGUUGCAAUUGGUGUUGAUAGUAUAUUAACUCGGACCUGCCCACGUGGUUUCUACUGUAACAUGAUAACGAGUUCGCACGGUGUGUGCUGCCCGCUGAAAC